AUGCACAAGCCUGCAUCAGUGCGUGGCCUCAUGCGACACUCUUUCGAUUUUACAAGCCUGGUUUGCCAUCUGAUACGUCCGACACGAAUCUUUCAACGUUCUGGAAACCCACGAAUUGGCUUUAUUAUCCUUCUUUUUUCAACCAGAAUAGCGGCCCUAUCGACCAUGAUGGAAAUUCCUAGCGUAGCUGGAUUGAUGAUCGCGAACAAUCCUGAGCCAUUAAAUCAAAGAACUAGUCUAGGGAAACAAACAGAUGUCAGAAUGUCUGGCAAGGACUGUCUUAAUUGCAUAGAGAGGCCAUUGCCAAUAUACACUAUUGGUGAAAUGUAUAGCAGACACAGAAGAAGGAGAAGAGUUUUUGAAGAAGCCUUUCCAAAUAAUCGAAGAGGUUUUACUAAUGAAAGUUUGUUUCAUGGUUGGCAGCAAAGUCUUUCUAGUUUAAAAUCACCCGAGAGCCCGCUUCCACAUUGGGGAGCAGAAGAAAUAAUGGAGCCAAAGGUUGAAAUUCAGCAGGAAAUAAAUUAUCAGCCAUCUUUAUUGACAUGGAAGCCAGGUUAUAUCAACAUUAGCUUAGAUAACGGGGCUGAUAGUCAGAACGCUACCAAAAUACUUACCAGAUUAGCUCUCUUUGGGCCAAGUCUUUCCUUUAUCUUCUGGAGUUUGGAUGGUGCAGCAUCAGUUGUAACCAUCAGUGGUAACAUCCUUGUACUGACAGCCUUCUUUCUGGAGCGCACGAUACGCACAGCAACCAAUUACUUUAUCGCCUCGCUGGCCGUGACUGACCUAUUAAUCGGCAUCUUCUCAAUGAACUUCUUUACUCUUUAUUUGCUUCUUGGAUAUUGGCCCUUGGGAAGUCUAUUCUGCAAGCUCUGGCUAUCGCUUGAUUACACCGCCUGCUUGACCUCUCAAUAUACUGUGCUUUUCAUCACGGCAGAUCGCUUUCUCUCGGUUAAGAUACCUGCCAAAUAUCGGAAUUGGCGAACUGACAGAAAGGUUAUUGUGAUGAUAGCGAUCACUUGGGCUGUGCCGGCUAGUAUCUUUUAUACAAUCAUAAUGGGUUGGGAGACCUUUAACCCAGACUUU